AGUUACCAUAGCCACAAAGUCAAUUUUGACAAUAUCGUAAAAAAUCACGAAAACAAAAAUGAGCUUUUUGGUCUUAAUUUAGUGUUAUGCAUAAGGUUAGCAGUGUGGCUAUGGUUAGGCUUAAGGUUAGUGUUAGGUUUAAAAUAACAUUUUGAGAAGAUAGAUUGUAGAAAUAGGCGGGGUGUACGACAUUGUGACUGUUGUAACUAGUAACGACCAGGAACGGCGAUUUUGGUUUGUUUACAUAAAACGGACCUAAACCUAGAGCACAAGGGCCACAAAGGAACAAAAUAGACAUGUCUUAAUGUAUUUCAUACCUAUUGCGCCCAGCUGUGGAGAACGUCCUCAUUCAUGCCCCAGACAGUUGAAGCAUGCUGGUAGUAACGUUAGUAUGCAGCCCAACAUAAUCAGAAGAGAUGCCGGAGUCUGGCAUCAAACGAAAAGCCUGCUUUACAAGAAUCUUCUCAUCAAAUGGAGGACUAAACAACAGAGUCUGCAGGAGUUGAUCCUGCCACUGCUGCUGCUGUGCCUGCUGAUUCUGAUCAGCACCCUGAACCCACAUGUCUACUACGGAGGCAUCAGUACCAUGGAGCUGGAGAGGGAGGACUACCACUUACUCAAGGGCCUGGGAUACACCCCCAUUAACAAUGCCACCAAUCACAUCAUGGAGGAGGUGGCCCAGGAAAUGCACUUGCAGGAUCGCCUGGAGAUGUUCUCUAGUGAAGAGGAUCUGGAGAAUGCCAGUCUUUAUGAGCCCUCAGGCUACGUUGGGGUGGUCUUCAUGGGCAGCACACCCACCUCUUACAGGUUGCGUUUCCCUUACAACCAUCUGCCCCUGCCCAGUGACUACACUGAAUCUAUUGCCAACUGUUUUGCCAGCUCAGUGAACUGCAGAGCAGCUAAUUACUGGUACUCUGGCUUCAUCCGCCUCCAGACUCUCAUCGACGCCGCCAUCAUACAGAUGCAGACCAAGCGGUCAGUAUGGAGUGAGAUGGACCACCUGCGUGUGGUGAUGAUGGGCCAGCCAGGGUCAGUGGAGGUCCAAAAGUUUCCCCACGCUCUCAUCUCCAUCUACCUGGUGCUGGCUUUCACACCCUUCAUCACCUUCCUCAUCGUCAACGUAGCAGCAGAGAAGGAACACAGGCUCAAAGACACCAUGACCAUGAUGGGCCUCUACGACUCUGCCUUCUGGCUAUCGUGGGGCCUGCUGUAUGCAGCUCUGGUCACCACCAUGUCCAUCCUCAUGUCCAUCAUCGCUACCUAUACAGCUCUCUUCCCCAACAGUGACUUCAUCGUCAUCUUCCUCCUCAUCUUCCUCUACGGCAUCUCCUCUAUCUUCUUCUCCUUCAUGCUGACCCCUCUGUUUAAGAAGCCUAAGUUUGCCAGUACGGUGGGCUCAAUGCUGACUGUGGUGUUCGGCUGCCUGUCCCUGUUCACUGUCCUGAUGAAGGACUUCCCCCAGCCGCUGGUCUGGGUUCUUUGUCUGCUGUCCCCCAGCGCAUUCUCCAUCGGCAUUGCCCAGGUGGUGUACCUGGAGGCCCAGGGGGACGGAGCUGUGUUCGCUACCCUGGCCAACGGCCCCCAUCCCCUCUACGCCCCCCUUCUCAUGCUCGUCCUGGACUGUAUACUCUACCUGCUGCUGGCUGUCUACCUGGACCAGGUCCUACCAGGUGAGUUUGGCAUGCGGCGCUCCCUGGUAUACUUCAUGAAGCCAUCCUAUUGGUCCAAGCGCAGUAAGCGCUACGUCGAGGUGAGCUCUGUGUACGAGACGGAGGUGAACGGGGCCACAGGAGUGAAUGAGUCUGUGGAGCCCGUCUCUCCGGAAUUCAGGGGGAAAGAGGCCAUCCGCAUUAACAACAUCCGCAAGGUGUACAAAGAGAAGGACAGCAUCGUGGAAGCUCUGAGGGGCUUGACCUUUGACAUCUAUGAAGGUCAGAUCACAGCCCUCCUGGGCCACAGCGGAGCAGGGAAGUCCACUUUGAUGAACAUCCUGUGUGGGAUCUGUCCCCCGACUGACGGCCACGCCUCCAUCUAUGGCUCCCCUGUGGCAGAGAUCGCUGAGGGGGCAGAGAUGAGGCAGCUGGUGGGCAUCUGCCCUCAGUUCAACAUCAUCUUUGACGUGCUCACUGUAGAAGAGCACCUGAGGAUAUUUGCUGCCAUUAAAGGGAUUCUGCCCUCUGACAUUGACAAUGAGGUGUCCAAGGUGCUGAAGGAUCUAGACCUGGAGAAGAUCAUGGACGCCCAGGCUAAGAACCUGAGUGGAGGCCAGAAGAGGAAAUUGUCUGUGGGCAUAGCCAUCCUGGGAGACCCCAAGAUACUGCUCCUGGAUGAGCCUACUGCUGGUAUGGACCCCUGUUCCAGACACCAGGUGUGGUCUCUGCUGAAGAGUCGCAGAGCAGGCAGAGUCACGGUGCUCAGCACACAUUACAUGGACGAGGCGGACAUACUCGCUGACCGCAAAGCUGUGAUCUCUCAGGGCCAACUUAAGUGUGUUGGUUCUUCCCUAUAUCUCAAGACCAAGUGUGGAGUAGGAUACCACCUCAGAAUGUCUAUUGGUGGACGGUGUGAGGUGGAUGGUGUCACAUCAUUGGUCAAGCACCACGUCCCCAAGGCGCAGUUGUCACGGCAACAAGAGGCUGAGCUGACAUUCACCCUCCCUUUCGAAAGCAUGGACACCUUUUCAGGAUUGUUCUCAGAACUAGACUGCAGGCCAGACAUGGACAUCAUCAACUACGGGGUGUCCAUGACAACGCUGGAGGAUGUGUUUCUUCGUCUGGAGGCUGAGGCUGAGGUGGACCAGGCUGACUACAGUGUGUUCAACCAGGAGCAGGUUGAGGAUGAGGGUGAUGCAUCCUCUCUGGACGACACUGACCAAAGACUACUGACCUUCUCUGACAGCAAGCCAGAGGCGGUCCAGGGCCAUGCUCUGUGGAGACAGCAGUUCAGCACCGUGGCCUGGCUACACAUGCUCAACAUGCAGAGAGAGAGGAAGGCCUUUGUCUACACUCUGGCAUUGUUCCUGGUCUUCCUAGCUGCUGUGCUAGUAUUGUCUCUGGCUACGGGGAACAUCCAGAUCCACGCUCCAGAACGGCAGUUUCUCCCCAUCUACCUGCUGAGACCGAACCAGGCUCCCCGGAAAUACACCACCAGUCUACUGGUCCAGAACUCAUCAGGCUCGGAUAUCUCCGACUUCAUCCGUAACCUGGAAUCUCAGGACAUCAAGGUGGAGAUGAUGAAGAACACAGACUACAUGUCCUGUGCUCCUCACAGUGCAGCCAUCAACGUCACCGGAUCCAACAAGGGUUUCAGAUACAGUGUAGCAUUCAACAGUACUACCGUCCACUCUUUGCCCAUGACAGUCAACGUCCUCAGUAACGCCAUCCUACGAGGUCUCAACGGCACACAACGCAUCCACACCUGGACCAAGCCCUUCGACUAUCAAAUUCCCGACGCCACGUCAUAUGCUCUGGUCUACAUUGAGGCUAUCAUACUGGGGAUGCUAGCUGCAGGCAUGCCUGCCUACUUCGCCAUGGACCACACCCGAGACAGAGAGAUAAAGUGCCGUUCAACACUGCGUAUCUCUGGCCUGGUCCCGUCUGCGUACUGGUGUGGUCAGGCUGCAGUGGACAUCCCCUUCUACUACCUCAUACUGACCACCAUGACCAGCAUCCUCUUCUCCUUCCAUACUGCCAACCUGCUUACCUCUAGCAACGUCACCGCAGUGAUCCUGUGUCUGAUAGGUUUUGGUCCAGCUAUGAUCCUGUUCACCUAUGUGGUGUCCUUCAUGUUCACACGCGUCCAGAGUAACAGAGACUUCUUCUCUGUGGUCUCCAUGAUGGUGUGUGUGGUGUCUGCCUCCAUCGUCCAGCUGUCAUUUGUAAACGACAACCCCGGGCUGACGAGGAUCCUCCACAAUACACUAUGUUUCUUCAACCCUCUCUACCCCUUAAUGGGCUGCCUUAAUUCUAUCACCAAGGCCACCUUCCUGCCCUCCCUCUAUGAAGAGGACUUCCUCUGGAAGAACCUGCUCAUAGCUGUCCUAUCUCCCUAUCUGCAGUGCAUCCUGCUGCUGUUCAUGCUGCGCUGGUUGGAGAUCCGCUACGGAGGGAGGACCAUGAAGAAUGACCAGUUCUGCAGGAUCUCUUCCAAUACUAAGGCUAAAGUGGAGCGUAACCCAGAGGAGGGGAUCAACGAGGAUGAAGAUGUUCAGAUGGAAAAGGCUCGGGUGAAGGAGGCCCUCACCUGCCAGUGCUGUGAGGAGAAACCAGUAGUGGUGGUGAGUAACUUGAGGAAGCAGUAUAAAUGUCCAAGGGAAGGAAUCUCUCUCAAGAAGAGGAGGACGGUAGCCACCAAGAACAUCUCCUUCUGUGUACGCAAAGGUGAGGUGCUUGGACUGCUAGGGCCCAACGGAGCAGGGAAAAGCACCAUCAUGCAUAUGUUGUCUGGAGACACAGUCCCAACCGCUGGACAGGUCCUGAUGGGGGACUACAGUACAGAGUUCCGUCCAGUAGACAACCCCCUGGAGCAUAUAGGCUACUGUCCCCAGGUCAGCCCUUUGUGGCCCCGCAUCACCCUGGAGGAACACCUGGAGAUCUAUGCUGCCAUCAAGGGCCUCCGCGGACAGGACGUCCCUGGCAUCAUCACACGUGUGGUGAAUGCUCUGGAGCUGAAGGGCCACCUCCACAAGCAGGCCAAAAACCUCUCAGCUGGGAUCAAGAGGAAGUUGUGCUUUGCUCUCAGCAUGUUGGGGAACCCUCAGAUAGUUCUGCUGGACGAGCCUUCUACAGGGAUGGACCCCAAGUCCAAACAACGCAUGUGGAGGGCUAUCCGGGCAGCGUUUAAGAACCGCCAGCGUGGGGCCAUUCUGACCACUCACUACAUGGAGGAGGCUGAGGCUGUGUGUGACCGCGUGGCCAUCAUGGUGUCAGGGCAGCUCAGGUGUAUUGGGUCUAUCCAGCACCUGAAGGGGAAGUAUGGGCGUGGCUACAGCCUGGAAUUGAAGCUGAGAGAGGAGCUGACGGGGCUCCAACAAGUGGCACUGCUCCACAAGGAGAUCCGUCGAAUCUUCCCUCACGCUGCAAGACAGGAGAGCUUUGCCACCCUGAUGGUUUACAAGAUCCCCAUGGAGGAUGUCAAGUCACUGGCCAAGUCCUUCUCUCAGCUAGAGAGUGCUAAGCAAGCCUUCAACUUUGAAGAGUACAACUUUUCACAAUCAACCUUAGAGCAGGUCUUCAUGGAGUUUGCUAAGGAGCAGGAGAACGAGGAGGAAGAGGUGGGUUCCCUCAGCACCACGUUCCAGUGGCAGCGGCUCCGCCAGGACGGCCCUGUAGCUGUCAACCACACAGACAGCAUUGUGCACCAGCUCUGAGCUCCACUGGGGGGGGGGCUGUCUGUGGCCGGCACAGUCUCUGGGCUCCCAUUCUCCCUGCCUACAUGGCACUAACCUCGUCCCCAGCCUAAAGAGACUGGAAUCGAGUUUACUAUGGCACAGGCUAUGCCAGCCCUGGCAAUGUACUCACCCCUCACCUCACGGCUAACACCACCACCCACCACCAGCCCAAACCAAUAGGACAAGAUGGGCAUCACAGGACGGAUGGAUGCCCCUAUGGACAUGGCCCUGGAGGCUAGCAACUAUACACUCACACCGGAACUGUGUGUGUUUGGCAUGGAAAGUCUCUCUGGGGCUGAGGUGUGUGAGUUGUCCGAACUACUGUGUGUUUUCUGACCUUUGCACUGACUAACCAAGGGGCCUGCUCCACUCCACCCAACCAGAAUCUCCCUCUGAUGACGCACUGAUACGACUAAUACCUACUACUUUUUUUAAUAGGUUUUAUUUUAUUUUUUAUCUGAAUUCACAGCAAGUUCGUAUAAAUGGAUAUAUAUAUUUAAGCAAUAAGGCCCGAGGAGGCGUGGUAUAUGGCCAAUAUACCACGGCUAAGGGCUAUUCUUAUGCAUGACCCAUCGCGGAGUACCUGGACACAGCCCUUAGCCAUGGUAUAAUGGCCAUAUACCACAAGACCCGAGGCGCCUUAUUGCUAUUAUAAACUGGUUACCAACAUAAAUAGAGCAGUAAAAAAUAAAUGUUUUGUCA